CUUGUGGUCGGGUCGGUUUAUCCCUGAAAGAGAAAAGAGAAACCCACUAAACCAAACAAAAGCAUUUUAACUUUGCAAAAGACGUGGGGCCCCACCUUACUUUGUUGUCUCUCACCAUCGCAACAUAAAAUCCGCGAGACCCAGCCACAACAUUUACCUCUCACCAACACACUCACAGGGAGCCAGACAGACAGACAUACAGAUCUUUAUCCUAUUGAUCAGAUUUUUGGGUGCAGUUAUAAUUUAGAUGUUGUUUAAUUUGGAGUUUGUUGAUACAAGCUUUGUGUGUUUGGAAUCACAGAAUAUGAGCUCUCAAGCUCCAAAUGAUAGAAGGGAUCAUAGGACUAGAUUUCCUGCACAGUCUGCUCGUCACCAGUGGAUCCCUAGAGGAUCCACGGCCACCACUGUUGUGAACCAGAACCCGAACCCGAACCCAAGCCUAAUCCCAAUCCCGAAUCCAAACCCACCAUUGCGCUUCAGUUCCAACUACAGAAGUGGUGGGGACUCGAACUCUAGUUCUGCUCCACCCGAGAGUCGGGCUGGAGGCAAUAAUUUUCCGAGGGGAAGGGGAUACGUGGGUUAUCGGCCUUUGAAUCAGAGAAAGGAUAGGGAGAGUCAGGUGGGGAAGGGAUUGAAGGACUUGAAUUUACCUCAGCUUGUGCAAGAAAUUCAGGAGAAGCUGACGAAGGGCACCGUUGAGUGCAUGAUUUGCUAUGACAUGGUGCGGAGGUCAGCACCCAUUUGGUCUUGCUCGAGCUGUUACUCUAUUUUUCAUCUGGUUUGUAUCAAGAAAUGGGCUCGGGCGCCUACUUCUAUUGACUUGUCUGCAGAGAAGAGUCAGGGAUUUAAUUGGCGGUGUCCUGGAUGUCAGUCGGUGCAGCUUACAUCGCUGAAGGAGAUUCGAUAUAUUUGCUUUUGUGGGAAGAGGCCAGACCCACCUUCUGAUUUGUAUUUGACGCCACAUUCGUGUGGAGAACCAUGUGGCAAGCCACUUGAGAGGGAACUAGGUGCUGGUGAGAGUGAGGAUAUUUGCCAACAUAAUUGUGUUUUGCAAUGCCAUCCAGGUCCAUGCCCUCCUUGUAAAGCUUUUGCCCCACCCCGUUUAUGUCCUUGUGGGAAGAAAACAAUUACAACACGGUGCUCUGAUCGGAAGUCUGUUCUUACUUGUGGUCAGCGUUGUGACAAGCUUCUUAAAUGUGAGCGUCAUAGGUGUGAGCGGACCUGCCAUGUGGGUUCUUGUGAUCCAUGUAAGGUUUCAGUCGAUGCCUCUUGUUUCUGCAAGAAGAAGAUGGAGGUUGUUCUUUGUGGGGACAUGUCUGUGAAGGGAGAGGUGAAAACAGAGGAGGGUCUUUUUUCUUGUAAUUCAACUUGCGGAAAUAAGCUUACAUGUGGUAAUCAUGCCUGCUGUGAAGUUUGCCAUCCUGGAUCUUGUGGAGAGUGUGAAUUGAUGCCGAGCAGGGUUAAUACAUGCUAUUGUGGGAAAACAAGUUUGCAGGAGGAACGACAGAGCUGUUUGGACCCAAUUCCAACCUGUUCUAAGACAUGUGACAAGCUCCUUCCUUGUGGGAUGCAUAAAUGUACAGAGUCAUGCCAUGCAGGGGAUUGCCCACCAUGUUUGGUUAGAGUUUCUCAAAAAUGCCGUUGUGGAUCAACUUCUCAAAUUGUGGAAUGCUACAAAACAGUGAUGGAGGAGAAAUUUACUUGUGAUAAGCCUUGUGGACGGAAGAAGAAUUGUGGAAGGCACAGGUGCAGUGAGCGGUGCUGCCCCCUCUCUAAUUCUAACAAUUUUCUCCCUGGGGAUUGGGAUCCACACACUUGCUCAAUCCCAUGUGGGAAGAAGCUAAGGUGUGGGCUGCAUUCUUGUAAAUCACUUUGUCACAGUGGCCAUUGCCCUCCUUGCCUUGAAACAAUUUUCACUGAUUUGUCAUGUGCUUGUGGGAGAACUUCAAUCCCUCCUCCAUUGCCUUGUGGCACACCUCAUCCUUCAUGUCAACUCCCGUGUUCAGUUCCUCAGCCUUGUGGCCAUUCAUCUUCUCACAGCUGCCACUUUGGAGACUGCCCACCUUGUACGGUGCCUAUAGCAAAGGAAUGCAUUGGUGGACAUGUUGUACUUAGGAACAUACCUUGUGGGUCAAAGGAUAUCAGAUGUAACCGGCUCUGUGGGAAGACCAGGCAGUGUGGACUGCAUGCCUGUGGAAGAACUUGUCAUGCACCACCUUGUGAUACUUCUCCUGGACCUGAACCAGGUUUAAAAACUUCUUGUGGGCAGACAUGUGGUGCUCCUAGGAGAGAUUGUAGGCAUACAUGUAAAUCACCUUGUCACCCAUCUUCUCUUUGUCCUGAUGAAAGAUGUGAUUUCCCUGUCACAAUCACUUGUUCUUGUGGCCGGAUAACAGCAACUGUUCCUUGUGAUGCUGGAGGCAACAUUGGUGGUUUCAGUGCUGAUACUUUAUAUGAAGCUUCCAUUAUCCAAAAGUUGCCAGUGCCACUUCAGCCAGUGGAAGCAUCUGGCAAGAAAAUCCCACUUGGACAAAGGAAGCUCAUGUGUGAUGAUGAAUGUGCUAAGUUGGAACGUAAACGGGUUCUAGCAGAUGCCUUUGAUGUUAAUUCAAACUUGGAUGCCCUUCAUUUUGGAGAGAACUCCGCUGUUUCUGAAAUUCUUACAGACCUCUAUAGGCGUGAUCCAAAGUGGGUAUUAUCUGUGGAGGAGAGAUGUAAGUUCUUGGUACUUGGCAAGAGCAGAGGAACUACAAGUAGUCUUAAGGUUCAUGUUUUUUGUCCAAUGAUUAAGGAUAAGAGAGAUGUGGUAAGGUUAAUUGCCGACAGGUGGAAACUUGCUAUUUAUUCUGCAGGUUGGGAGCCAAAGCGUUUUAUUGUGGUUCAUGUUACACCCAAAUCAAAACCCCCUCCUCGUGUGAUUGGGGUUAAGGGUUCCACCAACAUAAACACACCCCAUUCCCCAGCUUUUGAUCCUUUGGUAGACAUGGAUCCCAGACUCGUUGUUUCUUUUCUUGAUUUGCCAAGAGAUUCAGAUAUAAGUGCAUUGGUCCUGAGGUUUGGUGGGGAAUGUGAACUGGUUUGGCUGAAUGACAAGAAUGCAUUGGCCGUAUUUAGUGAUCCUGCUCGAGCUGCAACUGCCAUGAGAAGAUUGGAUCAUGGGUCAGUAUAUCAUGGAGCUGUUGUGGUUAUCCCAAAUGGUGGUGCAGUAGUGGCAUCAUCAGCUACUAGUGCAUGGGGAGGAGCCAGUACGGCCAAGGAAGGGGGAUUAGCGGCGGCUAUGAAGGGUAACCCAUGGAAGAAGGUUGUUGUUCAGGAGCCUGGUUGGAAGGAAGAUGUAUGGGGUGAUGAAGAGUGGCCUGGUGACAAUGCAGAUUUGCUGGCAUCUGCAUGGAAGAAAGAAGCUCCAAUUGCUGCUACGCUAAAUCGGUGGAGUGUUCUAGACUCUGAAACGUCUUUGAGUUCAUCUGCUGCACCUCUCAGAAUAGAGGAUCCUGGAAAACAGGCUGCAAGUCAUUCAGGUCCAAUGCUGGAAUCUGAUGCAAGUGGUUCAAAUUCAGCCGGGCAGCAUCAAGAUAAUUUUAGUGGAACAGAAAUGUCUGAGGUGGUAGAUGACUGGGAGAAGGCUUUUGAGUGAGUGAGAGAUGAACAGAAGUGCGUAAGUUGAUUUUUGAGAAAUUGAGGCUUGUGGACAGGAAGAUGUGGAUUCUAAAUGGCCGAUUUGCCCUUUUCAGUAUAUUUUUUUUUGUCUUGUUAGGGGCAACUAGUAUUUCAAAAAGAGAAUUGUAGUGGCUUCUUUUUUUUUUGGGUUAAAUCACCUAUUGUUUUAUGGGUGUUUGAUAUAAAAAUUUUCCCCCUUGCUUUACUGCGGUGAAACUGUGAAGGCAACAUGUAUAUUUGUCGUUUGGAAGGACAAAGAUUCUAUGGAAUUGGAUUUUAUUAGGAUGUUGGUUCA